AGGAAUCCGCGGUGAGGCAGUAUGUGUGGAACGGGACCUGGCUGGAGAGCCGGCCGUUGGCCAAGAGCCGGCGCUUGUCCGAAAGGGCGGCACGCCUGGAGGAAGAGCUGCCGGAGAUUUUCGCCCACUGGGGUCAGCGCCGUCUGCUGCGGGUAGGCAUUGCUUUGUUGGCUUGCCACCCGGUAGUGCAAAUUUUUCAUGUCUCCUUUCACACGACCUCGGCCAAGCGUGCAGUGAUCUUCACUGCUUUCCUCUCUGGCUCUUUGGCGGUGUCUGGGCUCUUUAUGUCAGCUUCAGGGGCUGCACUGGACUCCACCAGCGACCUAGAGUGCACGAUCGACGAGAAUGUGAUGCAGUUUGUGGUCAUUGGGCUCGUCUCGAUGUUGCUGAAUGCUCUGCCCCGCAUGUGCCUCGAUCGCAUGGGCAGGCGAUCCUUUGCUCCCGAGACCAAGGCAAACAGCCAAUGGAGAGCGUGGCUGCGCAAUGAUGUCCUGUUCUGGCUUCUUGCAGCAGCCUUACUCAGCUUCUACUUGCUUUUCAUAUGUUCUUUCUUGGCGAACAUCGCGAAGUCUGAAGAUUGGAAAUGCACCGUGUCCUUUGCUACAAUCCUGGUGGGGAAGCUUUGCACCACUCCAGCGACCAGAGUGUGUAUUCAGCUGUCCUGCGCUGAAGCAACUCUGUUUCUUUUUCCCGAUCUGACGGCACGUGAGCUGGGAUUGCACGCGCAUGGACAGGCUGGCCAAGCAAGCGAUGCCUCGCAGAAGGUGGUUGAGCUCGCCAACCGCGGGAUCCGGGUACGGCACUUGCUGGACUUCUACGAGAAGGUUCUCCAGCGGGACUUCUUCGACCCGGACCGGUCAACGACCCACGACGUGGUCCGGCAUGCGAUCAUCCCUUGGUCUCUGAAAGUCAGCACAACUUGGUGCGACGCAGACGAGGUCCAGCUUGAGCUCAAGGCCGUGGAUGCCCAAGUCCCCCAAGAGUUCGGCGAUGUCGCCAAGUCCCUGACGAGCUCAUCUGAGUCUGAGUCGCUCGGCGCAGCUUACGCCACGGUGGUCAACGGGGAACCGGUGGCUGCUCUGAAAUUGGUGAUCCACGGCUGGGGCAACCUUUUCCGCACCCUGCUGGCUGCAGUCUUUGCAGAUGCGCUUGGGCACACGGACUACGACGAAACCCUGGAACUGCUGCGAGAGCAGGGCUUGAAGACAAUCCGUGCACAGCUGUCUUCGCUGAACAAGAUGGACUUUCCAUAUUGGAUUUGCGCCUUUUCGGUGAACCAGCACGCGGGCAUUUGCGGCCAGCCGCCAGAAACGGAUUCUAUUGGCAGAAGCAUCGCCGCCUGUGGCUGUGAGACACCGAAGCACCGCACGGGGGACGAGUGCGAGACGAACAAGUUCCACGAGCUGGUGGAGUACAUGUGCAAGUUCAACUCCGAGGAGCGCAAGGCCGGCCGGGAGAUGCAGCGCUUGGGUCAGGUGGUGGCGGUGGACAUCGGCUUCAACCUCUUCAACCGGCUUUGGUGCGUGGCCGAGCUGUCGCACGCGGAAAAGCUGCAUCUCCCGCAAGCCUUGAAGCUGCACUCCUGCAGCUCCAAGGAGCGCUGCUUUGAGAAGCUGCACCACUUGGACGUGCAAGCGGCGGAGGUCACCUACGAGGAGGACCGGGAAGUUGUUUUGGAGAAGAUCGGAGAUUCGGAGCUUUUCAAUGAAGAGCUCAAGGGCCUGAUGUUUAACCAGCUGGACGGUUUCCUGUUUUCCGAGCGCGGAAAGCUAAACCUCGAGGAGCUCGUGAGCCGCGUUGUCGACUCGCUUUGAGACGGGUUUGGUGCCUGUGGUCCAGGGUCCGUGGGAGAGUUGAAGCA